UUCCGGGGCGGAGCUGGGGCGGGCCGCGGCCGAGCCCAGCCGAGCCCAGCGGGCUUCAGCGGCAAAAUGAUGGCGCAGAGAGCACUUCCGAACCCCUACGCGGACUACGACAAAUCCUUGGCCACCGGCUACUUCGAUGCGGCCGGGCGGCUGACCCCCGAGUUCACACAGCGGCUGAAUAACAAAAUCAGGGAGCUGCUGCAGCAGAUGGAGAGGGGCCUCAAGUCGGCCGACCCGCAUGACUGCAGCGCGUACACUGGCUGGACAGGCAUUGCUUUGCUGUAUUUGCACCUGUAUGAUGUCUAUGGAGACCCAGCCUACCUUGAGGUGGCCCAUGAUUACGUGAAGAAGAGCCUGAGAUGCAUGACCAAGCGAUCCAUCACUUUCUUGUGUGGUGAUGCCGGGCCCCUGGCAGUGGCUGCUGUCAUCUACCACAAGCUGCAGAACCAGAAGCAGGCAGAGGACUGCAUCAUCCGUUUGCUCCACCUGCACAAGACUGACCCACGAGUGCCAGAUGAGCUCCUCUAUGGGCGCAUGGGCUACCUCUCUGCACUGCUGUUUGUCAAUAAGCACUUUGGAGAGGAAAAGAUCCCUCAGAGUCAUAUUCAGCAGGUCUGCGAAGCAGUUGUAGCCUCAGGAGAGACAUUAUCCAAAAGGAGGAACUUCACAGCAAAGAGCCCACUGAUGUAUGAGUGGUACCAGGAGUACUAUGUGGGAGCAGCCCAUGGUUUGGCUGGAAUUUACUACUAUCUCAUGCAGCCUGGCUUUGGAGUGAGCCAAGUAAAGCUGCACAACACAGUCAAGCCCAGUGUGGACUAUGUCUGCCAGCUCAAGUUCCUAUCCGGGAAUUACCCUCCAUGUAUCGGUGACACCAGAGACCUGCUCGUCCACUGGUGCCAUGGAGCACCAGGUGUAAUCUACAUGCUUAUCCAGGCAUACAAGGUCUUUGGGGAGCAGCAGUACCUGAAUGAUGCCCUGCAGUGUGCAGAAGUGAUCUGGCAGUAUGGGUUACUGAAAAAAGGCUACGGGUUGUGCCAUGGCACAGCUGGCAACGCUUAUGCCUUCCUGGCACUGUACAACCUCACUCAGAACAUGAAAUACCUCUACAGGGCGUGCAAGUUUGCAGAGUGGUGUUUAAGCUAUGGGCAGCAUGGGUGCCGGACUCCAGACACACCAUUCUCUCUCUUUGAAGGAAUGGCUGGAACGAUUUACUUUCUUGCUGACCUGCUGGUGCCUACCAAGGCCAGGUUCCCUGCAUUUGAACUCUGAACCUGAAUCCUGCUUGGCAGUUUUCUGCCUGUAUCCUUCUGCACUUGGAAACGCAGUUCAAGGCUGCUUUCUCCUUUUCCCAGGCUCAUCAUUGUUAACCUAACUGAAUGUAAAUCCAUCCUCCUGAGUUCUCUAACGUUUCUAGUUGUCUCAUUACAUUGUUUAGUUUAAAAGACAGAAUGCAGAUUUUUCUGUUGUCCCUUAAAAACUCAGGGCUGCAGGUGGGAGCAGGGAGAACUGUACAGUGUUUUGUUGGCUACAGAGUUUUGCUAUUUCCUGUAUCCCAUUUCCUGGGAAGAAGUUUUUUAUUGAAUGUGACCUGGGCUAUUUAACUUCUUUUUGUGCUAACAAAUAGAAUUGUUGCAGGAAUUUAGCUGCCUUUGGAGAACAACUGAUGGAAAGCUGAGACUGUUGCCCUGGAAGUUGUUUUCAAGUGUUUUCUUUCUGAGCACCCAGAGAGCAGAUGGUUCAGUAUCUGGGCUGUGCCACGUGAAGCGAAUGUGAUGGACUGUGGAGUCUGAGAUACAUUUGUAAUAUCUUACUGCAGCUGGCAAAGCUGGGACUGACAUGCCAAAGGCUUGUCCUGAGUUUGCACCUACCUGCCCUAAAGGCAAAAGCUAUGGAUAGCUCUUCUGUGCAUUUGUUCCAGUGACAGACAAGGAAUCCACUGUCAUCUUACAUUAAACCUUGCUAGUCCAUUGGUCAUCCAGUGGCAACCUCCAGUCCAAAAGUGAGCUAAGCAUGCUUGCUUUUGUGGUGUUUUGUUAGCUUUGAGAGCUUAUUUUGCGGUCUUUAUUUAAAUUUGUGUAUUAGGUGGUGCCAGGUGCCCACCAGCAGCAACAAGGGAAAAGAAAUGUAUGCCACUGAGUUCUGAGAUUAUUUAACCUAUUAGCUGUAUAGAUGUUCUUUACAUGUUUUCUUUUAUAAGCUUUCCCAAACCUAUAUAAUUUGAGUUACUUGUUUGCCUUGCUACUGUUUACUGUAAUUUGAUUUGCAACCACUCAUCUACCCAGCUGGAAAAUCUGUCCUAGGUUAGCUGGCUGCUCUGUGUCAGGCAGAUCAGCUACUUGCAGGGAGUAAAUUGCUUUUCCAUCCUUAGCUGAUGCCUCACCAGUUCGCAGAAAUCUGGGACUUGACUCUGUAACUCACUUUGUUAGCACUGAGCAUGAGCUAAAACACUGAGCUCAAGGAAGUUUACAGAUGCAGGCACACUGCUUCAUGCUGUUUGAGGGUAGCUCCUCAGCCUGCACCAACGUGGACAUGGGUUUUGAUCUUUGAAGCUGCUGAGUGCCUCAGGUCCCAUAAGGGCAGGGGAGAAGCAGCAGGGCAGCACAGCCACUCUCCUGGACUAGCAGUGGCGAAGCAGGACCACCAAACCUGGCCCAGUUACACUCACACGUGCCUGAAUGCAGGGCAGCUGAGCCCCAGGGGCAUGGGGAGCCCUCUGAGAACUGCCUGGAUAGGCAAGGAGCAGAAACCAGCCCUGGAAGGCUGACUUGUUUCCUCAAAGCCCAUGCUCCUGUACUGCCAUCAUAGGUUUCUGAAAGUCCAUCAAAAGACAGCCUGAAUUGCAGAAAAUUCAUCAUGAAUUCAGAAAAUUCAUCUCCUUGAGGGUGGGCAUCCCUGUCAGAAGCCUCAGGCUCACGUGGACACAGCAGCAGGCAUCCCCUAUCAUUCACAGGACCUAAGCAGCACAGACUGGGAAGCAGAGAGGAGUUGACUAAUCCAACAGUGCUUGAAGUUGCCUCCCAGCUUGGCUGGUGUGCUGGCAGUGCAGGCACGCUGCUCUGAGCCUGGGUUUCUCCUGGGCACCACUUCUGUAAAAGAGAGCUUUGUGCAGCCUGGCUCAUGGUUAAUGUCCCAGGGUUUGUGCUGGGAUCACUGAUCAGGGGAGCAUCAGGGCCAUGUGUACAACUGCCGAGUGGAGCACUGUCUAAUAAAAAUGCUGAAACAACCUAACUUUGGGUUAUUUCUACCCCCUGCUUUGUCACCAGGAUUUAUAUCUGAAGAGAUCAACAUAUGUCAUAAUAGCUGUGCUGUGCUGGCAGCUCCCGGAGGCCUUCCACCCACCUUGAGUGUUAAGAGCAUUUCACAUUUUUCCCUCAUCUCCAAUCCACCAAAGCCAGUCCUGGGCUUUUCCCUUGCAGGCUGUGCUUUCAUCCCAAGGCAUCCUUUUGCACUGGUGUCUCCAUCCAAGUCUGCAUCCUCCCUCUCUGGCUUCCAUCAGAGACCACAGUCCUGUGGGUUACUGUUAAUUGCACCAAACUACACCUCUGUGCAGUGCUGGCCACCGAAAGGAAGAGGUGGAUCCUCCUAGGAAAGCACCUCCUGCUCAGUGGAAGGACAGACAGGGCACCUCAGGGAGGCUGUGACCAGCAGCAGAGGCUGUAAGACCAAGCUGUCAGGAAUGGUAUGGAUAAAGGUGAUCCUGCCCUCCAGCACGUGCAAUAUUAAGUUGCUUGAGGUCCUACACUACCUGGUUUUCUAUAGUUUCUGCUAAGGUUUGUGGUAAAGGUCUUGAGGAAGGGGGUCCAGCAAUGAGGAUGAGAAAACAGCACGGUGCAGUUUCUCUGGUUUCCCUUCCUUUCUCAUACAGGGGUUUGGUGUGGUGCUGCCCACCUCCACCCACCUUUGUGCCAAGGGGAGGGAGCCAGGACCAAGACAGGGCUUGGAAACUCAACUGGUUCUGUUCCAACAAGCACCUGAGAGGGACUUUAUCAGAAGUGUAGAUAUUUGACACUUGUUGAUGGUUGUGUUUCUCC